UUUAUGACAACACGUCAACAAAAGUAGUUUACAACAACUUGUCAAAUAAUAAAGUAGGACUAAACGCUUUGUUUAAAUUUUUAAUGUAGAUUUCACCUAUAUAAGCAGACCUACCGGAAAAAGUUAUUAUCUAUAAUGGUUUACAUAGACAGAGAUGGACGUGUCCUUAACCAUCGGCCUUGGAAUUUGGCUCGAAUUUUAGGCAUUUUCACUGGAAUAUGGUUUACCAUAUUGUGCUUCAUAAAAACUAUACUUGCACCAUUUACAAAUGAAAACAGAAGUAAUAAUGGUAGACAAGGCGGUGGCUGGAGUUCUGGUGGAGGAGGCGGUGGUGGAGGGGGUGGUGGUGGUGGUAGUAGCGGAAGAGGUGGUGGUAAUGGCUGGGGUUCAGGAUAUGGUGGUGGAAACAAUAGUAGGGGCAAUGGUGGGUUAAGACCAAAUAGAAAUAUUGGUCGUAUAACAAAUUCUAUGGAUUGCAAUAUACCUGGCGGUGGAUGUGGAUGUGGAUAAUUGUAAUUUAAAUAAAAGCCGGAAAUAGAUAAGAGUAGCACUCAUAAACCCUUAAAAUUUUUCCCACUGCCGAAAUUAAAUGUGAUAAUUUAUUUCUGCAUAUUAAUUUGCUACUAUUAUAUGUUACUUUUAAACUUAUAAUUACAAGCAGUACCUUUAAAAAAGGUGAAAAUUCUUUUGAAAUAAAUCCCU